CGGUGAAGGCGGCCGUCGACAGCCAUGCGCGCGUGCUCGCGGGGGAGCGCUGGGCGCGCACCUACGGCAACUUCCGCGUGGCGCGGGAGUUGAAUAUCGGCCAGACGCCUUCCGCCGCGCCUGAGGGUCCGGUGGUAGCGGCGGCGUCGGCGGCGCGCCAGUCCAUCGGGCUGCUGGGCAUCAAAUCCUUCUUCGAAGACGCCGCUGAUGCCGCCAGCGGCAACGGCGCCGCGGGAGCCGACAAGCGCGGGAUCCGAUAA